AGAGCUGGUUGGAUUAACACAGUUUUAUGUGUAACUGUGACGAGGUGAUGCACAACUACUGUUACGUUUGGAUUAACUACAAAAUAACCCAAAAGACUCACGUGGCAGACUGAGUGACCUGAACAAAACUGCAUCAAGCUUUGGAGGCAAAAUGUUGCAGCAUUUGUGAAAGAAAUGAAAUGACGGCAGCAUCUCCAGAUAAACGAACGUGUGUUUUUAUACUAUUUUUUUUAUUCCAUUUAGUGUUUACAUGCUUUUAUAUGUUUGUAGUUUUUUAAUUGUGGGCCCUCCAUAAUGCUGCACUUACCAGUAUGGGUAAAACAUACAUAAGACAACACUGAAUAUCAUUUCACCUCUGUUUGCUUUCUCGUGACUUUACGCUAUAUGGACUGUUUGGUAAGGGGGUUUUUUUUAUGUGUUUUUGUAAUUUGUUUCUUCUAAUGAGCUAGCACACAUGCCUAUAAAGUCCUUUUUAAACUAUUAACUAUAAACCUCUCUGCUGUAUCAAGAAUCACAUGCAGCUCUUUUGAGAGCAAGCUUCCUUUUGCAGGAGUGCCCUGUUAACAGGGCAGGCAGCCAAACGACGACCGCUUCACAACGUUAACCACCUGUUUGUUGUUACCAAGACGAUUAAGGUCCGCUACCCUGUUGCUGGCUGCUGGACAUUCGUAGGAUUAUGCACGAAUAACGGUGCAUUACUUUUCGUAAGAUAUCCACAAACCACAAGACUUUAAGUGAAAGAGAAAACAUGACAAUUUAAACACAUUGAGCUGGUGGCACUGAGAUACUUCAGGAGGCUGGUAAGAUCAUGUCAGAACCUCCUUUUCCACUUUCACAUGACCUGUUUCUACCUGUUUCUGUGUUUUGUGCACUACCAUCUAUCAGUAUCAGUAAAAAUCUUACUAGUUGUAGAGUUUUCACUAAAUCCAGGAAUAUCUAUCCACCUAAUACGAUGACAUCAUGUCAGUAAAUAUGCCAAUAUGUGACAAAUUGUGGGAGGAAACAUGCCAAAUGACUGUAAAUGAAAACUUGUGCAUCAUAAAUUCAUUUCAGUGUUCAUAAGAGUCACAUUAUCACUAAUAAAUCCUCAGUGCAACAUGACAUUUUGACAUUUCUUGCUUGUUAAAAAUUGGCAUUAUCACUGUUACUGCUGCCACUGUCUUCUGCUGCUACUAAUUAUAGUGACAACAACAGUACUGGACCCAUCAAACCUUCAUGUUCAUAUUUAGAUGUAAUUUAUUCCCAACUCUUCGUCAAUGUCAGCUGCAGAUUAGCAGCUGUAGUUGCACCACAUGGCCACUGGAGGCCCCUGUUUAUUCACAUUUCCUGAGGAGGUGUGGAGCCAUCAGGGAAGGCAGCAGGAGUCUAACACAGGCUGCUUGUUCUUUAAUGUCAGAACCUCCUUUUCCACUUUCACAUGACCUGUUUCUGUGUUUUGUGGACUACCAACUAUCAGUAUCAGUAAAAAUGUUACUAGUUGUAGAGUUUUCACUAAAUCCAGGAAUAUUUUCCUUUAAACCUGCCAUCAGAAAAAUUGACGUCACCUAAAUUAUAUUUGCUCAUGUGAACAAGCGUCGUCUGGUGCACUGAGAGAUUAAUUUACAUUCACAUUUACAUUCUUUUCCAUUGGUGACGUGGGCGCAACAGGAGUCGGGCGCUGUUUACAUCGCAUUUUAAAUUAGCCAUUUCUUAUUAAAUCUUUUGUUAUAAUUUUACAAUAAGGCCCAUAUUUUUCCCUAAGGAUUGGUUGCUACAUUGUUGGUGAAUAAAGGGGAUUUUAUGACGACCAAUUUACCUGGAAGUUACCUGCGCACACCUGCUGUUUGCACAGCUGUCACUGUGAACUUGGCAGAAGAUCUGCAGCAAAGAUGAUUCACCGUGCAGUUAUACAUUUAUUUUGUGCGUUUGGACUCUUUCAGAAAGGUCUACCAGCUGUGAUAGAAACACAGCGGACUGUGAUGGCAGCAGUGGGAGAAGAGGCUCGUUUCAGCUGUCAGCUGCUGCAAUCUAAAGAUGUUCUUCAGGUCACAUGGCAGAAACUUUUACCUGAGGGGCAGAAGACUCUCGCCACCGACAACAAAAUCUUUGGUCACAAAGUGAAUUCUGGCUUUAGAGAUCAAGUGGAGUUUAAAGGUGCUGGACUGCAGAACAGCUCCAUAGUUAUCAGGAAGGUGACGGAGCAGGAUGAAGGAUGCUAUCGCUGUUUGUUUAACACCUACCCUGAAGGUGCUCUCACAGGUACAACCUGCCUCAGACUCUAUGAGCUGCAUGAAGCCCUUCUGCAUGUUAGAGAAUCAAAUUCUCCUGAAGAGGCAGUUGUGUCCUGCUCGGCCACAGGUCGACCUGCUCCCACAGUAACAUUAAGUGUCCUGCGUCACAACGUUCACUUUUCCAACCGCAGCUCUGGCCGUGUCACCAACACCAACGGUACAGUCACUGUCACCGCUACAGCUGUGCUGCCUCGUUUCCAUGGCAACAGCACACAGGUUGGAUGUGCAGUGCGAGUGCUGUCUGGUCCUCAGAGAGAGGUGUUUAUGAUGAUUCCUGAGGUCAAACAGUCGUCUGCCGAUGGUUUUGAUGAGGAAUCUGGAUCUGAUGACAGUGGUCGCAGUAGGACUUUGAUCGUUGCACCAUUCAUCAUAGGGACCUGUGUUUGUGCUGCUGCAGUCAUCUUUAUCCAAACAAAUAAACCAAAAAAUCCGAACAGUCUGUCACACAGGGACCCUGAGAUGAUCGAGAUGUCUCAAACUACAGUCACAGACACUCAGGAGGUCCAAACACCUUUAGUCAAGCAGGAGAACCAUCAGAACACACAAUGGACACCUGAGAAAAAUCUAAUAAGAGACGACCCAAAGGCGUCAUCUUCAACAGCAAGAAGACUUAUUUUGACUAACGAUUCUGUGACAGAAUAACCCACAAGACUGUGGUGCCAAUGCUGGGACAGUCAGAGCUGAACAGAAGCUGCAUGGGAGGCAGAAGAUCCUGCUUUGUGAAAGACAUGAAAGAUUACACUGCAAACCCUGCACAACAUUCAUCUCUUUGUCUGACAACUCAAUGAGAGAGAAAAGUGUUUCCCACUCAUGGAAAUUAAAAGUGUAAAUAUGUUCAA